GGUAUCCGGGCAAGAUGGCCGCAGUCGGGGAGUGCUCGCUGCCCGCGCUGUGGCGGCCGCUCUCGCUCACUCACGUCGAGUACCCCGCAGGUGACUUCUCUGGCCAGCUCCUGGCCUACGUCAGCCUGGGGCCAGUGUUCAUCAUUGUUGGCUUCGUGACCCUCAUCAUCUUCAAGAGGGAGCUGCACACGAUCUCCUUCCUGGGGGGCCUGGCCUUCAACGAGGGAGUCAACUGGCUGAUCAAGAAUGUCAUCAGGGAGCCACGGCCCUGCCAAGAAGCUCACGCAGCAGUGGGCACCAAGUACGGGAUGCCCUCCAGCCACUCCCAGUUCAUGUGGUUCUUCUCUGUCUAUUCCUUCCUCUUCCUCUACUUGAGGAUGCACCAGACCACCCACGCGCGCUUCCUGGACCUGCUGUGGCGGCACCUGCUGACCCUGGCGCUGCUGACCGGGGCCCUGCUGGUCUCCUACAGCAGGGUUUAUUUGCUCUACCACACCUGGAGCCAGGUCCUCUAUGGAGGUGUGGCAGGAAGCAUCAUGGCCAUAGCCUGGUUUGCCUUCACACAGGAGAUCCUCACCCCUCUCUUCCCAAGGAUAGCUGCGUGGCCAAUCUCAGAGUUCUUUCUAAUCCGAGACACCAGCCUCAUCCCCAACAUCCUGUGGUUUGAGUACACAGUGACCAGGGCAGAGGCCAGGAACAGACAGCGCAAGCUGGGCACCAAGCUGCAGUGAGCCCAGGGCCUGGGCAGAGCCAGCCAGGAGCAGAGCUGGGCCAGCAAGGAGCCCUCCACAGAUGGACCAAAGGAGCAGGCAGGGACCAGCCCCACGCCCUGGAGGCCUUUGCUCUGCUUGGCAGCCAGCUGGCUGCUCCCUGCUGCAUGGGGGAGUGCAGGAGCAGGACCUCAGCCCCAGGAGCGCCGG